GCCUGGGGGGAGCUUACUCAUCCUGGGCUCAGGUAAGAGGGCCCAGGUUGGGAAGCGGCACACCCAGGGGGGACAUCGAGGGAGCAGGACCGAGCCAUGGCCCCUGCCAGAAAAGCAGGCACCCAGGCAGUGAUCUGGACUCCAGGCUGGCAGCUGCUGCUGCUGCUGCUGCCGCCGCUCCUUCUUGGAGGAACGCAGGCCCUGGAAUGCUACAGCUGCGUGCAGAGAGCAGAUGACGGAUGCUCUCCGCAAAAGACCAAGAUCGUGAAGUGCGCGCCGGGCGUGGACGUCUGCACAGAGUCCGUGGGGGCGGUGGAGACCAUCCACGGGCAGUUCUCGGUGGCAGUGCGGGGCUGCGGCUCGGGUCUCCCGGGCAAGAAUGACCGCGGCCUGGACCUUCACGGAAUUCUGGCCUUCAUCCAGCUGCAGCAAUGCUCCCAGGACCGCUGCAACUCCAAACUCAACCUCACGUCGCGAGCGCUCAACCCCGCAGGCAAUGAGAGUGCGUACCAGCCCAACGGUGCCGAGUGCUACAGCUGCGUGGGGCUGAGCCGCGAGGCGUGCCACGGCACGGCGCCGCCCGUCGUGAGCUGCUACAACGCCAGCGACCACGUCUACAAGGGCUGCUUCGACGGUAACGUCACCCUGACUGCAGCGAAUGUGACUGUAUCCUUGCCCGUGCGGGGCUGUGUCCAGGACGAGUUCUGCACCCGGGAUGUGGUGACAGGCCCAGGGUUCACACUCAGUGGCUCCUGCUGCCAGGGGUCCCGCUGUAACUCGGACCUCCACAACAAGACCUUUUUCUCCCCGCGAAUCCCACCCCUUGUCCUGCUGCCCGCCCCUAAGCCCACCACUCUGGCCCCAACCACCUCUGUCACCACUUCCACCCCAGCGCCAACCACGCGUGUCUCUACCACCAAAGCCACCUCAGCCCCAACCAGCCAGACUUCUCCCCAGGAAGUACAUCCUGAGACCUCCGGGAAAGAGGAAUCUAGCUUUGCUGGAGGUGCCACUGGCCACCAGGACCGUAGAAAUAUGGCAGGGAUCCCUACCAAAGAUGUGGCCCAUGGUAAAGCCUCUGCAACUCCCUUCACUGGGUUGACAGCCUUUCUGUUGGCUGUGGCUGCUCGCACCUUAUUAUGAGUUUUUCCAUCUAGAAACUUCCAUCUUGCCCUGUUCCCUGGCCCUGGGUACCUCUCUCUUCCCAUUACUUUCCUUUCCCUGACUGGACUGGACUGGGCUGGCCCAGCCUCUGUUCUUCCCAUUGUCCCCACUAUCCCCGGCUUCUGCUGCACUGGUUUGCGGCUUUGGGAAAUAAAGUUACCAUUGUUUGUAUA